AUGAACCAAGACACUUUGGGGACAGAGGAAGGGAACACAGUGAACACCAAAUAUGACCUGCCCUGGCAGAUGAGGAUGAAGUUUAACAACCAGCUGAAUACAUUGGAUCUGUACACCCUCAACAACACACACACCAAUAUCCCCAAGAUCAGGGAGGGACGACUGGCAGCACAGAUACACUUCUGGGCAGCAUAUGUACCAUGUGAGACUCAGUACAAAAAUGCCGCCAGACAAAUUCUUGAGCAGAUUGACGUCAUCCACAGAAUGUGUAUGAAAUACCCAGAAGCCUUCAUGUUUGCUACCAGCAGCAAAGAUAUCAUGGAUGCCUUUAGUCAGAACAGGACGGCCAGUCUGAUCGGGGUGGAAGGAGGACACUCUUUGGACAGCAGCCUGGGCACCCUGCGCACCAAGUACCACUCGGGGGUCCGCUACCUCACCCUUACCCACAGCUGCAACACACCAUGGGCAGAUAAUUGGCUAGUGGAUUCGGGAGCCAAGUCAUCGCAGCACAAUGGACUUUCUGAGUUUGGAAAGCAACUGAUAUUUGAGAUGAACCGCAUUGGGAUGUUGAUUGACUUGGCCCACGUGUCAGAGAAAGUGAUGAACCAGGUUCUAGACCUGUCCAAAGCGCCAGUCAUCUUCAGCCACUCCUCUGCCUACACUGUGUGCCCACACAAGAGGAACGUGCCUGACAACGUCCUGAGGAAGGUGGUGAGUGAAAGGGGAGAGGGGGUCUCGGAGUUUCUGGAGGAUGUGUCUAAGGACCCUGCUCUGGKGGCAGAGCUGCUGAGUGUGUUCAGAGAGGUGGAGCAUGUACGAGACAGCCAGAUGAUCUUCCCAUCCAUUAUGAAGAAGUGA